GUGUAAGCAGGCGCUGUGAGAUGUUGCGAUCGGUGGGCAACCUGAUGUUGCAUUUUGCAGAGACCAUAGAUGGACUGCAUGAUGGUCUCUGCGAGGCAGUCAGAUUCAUCAGCGCAGAUACAAUCGAGGAGAAGAUCAUCAAACUUCAGGAGAAGAAGCAGCUGGUCUUCGAUGCCUCCAUUGAUGGAUCAAGCACAUCCUUGGGAAAGCUCACUGAGCAGGACCUGCGAUUCCUCUUCCAGCACUGAGCGCAGGCAAGUGCACCGAUGUGCAGUCACAAGUUUCCAACAUAUUCAGUCAUACGUCAUUUAUAUGUUUGUCGCAAUGGAUACACA